CCCUUGGGUUGAAAAGAUCUUUCUGGAGGUGUAUCUUCAGUAGCUGAAGACAGAACAGGAUUCAGAGCUGAGUAGCAGAACAUAAUGACUUUAAACCGACGAGGGAAGGAGGUGCAAUACCCUCGGAGGACAGCCUGGAGACCACUUGCCCUGCCCCUUCGCCAUGGAUUUAUGAAGCCUUCGGUUUCCUCCCCUUCCCCUCCCGUGCGGGGGCCGCAGCCCAGCCCUGCAACCCGCAAAUCCUGGCCGCCCGCUCACGCCCUACUCCGUGCCGAUGCCAGGCGGGGAGGGAGGACGACGAGGGCAGGGCAGGGGCUCGGGGAGGCGCUGAGGAGCCGCCGCAGCUCGCUCGCCCUGCAGCGUCCUGGGUUGCGCGGCGGCGCCGGCAGCGGAGCCCCGGGAUCCCGGUACCUCCUGCAGGCAGUUAAAAGAAGGACAAAAAAAGAAAGCACCAUGUCUUCGGUUUCCGCUUAUUACAAUGGAAAGACCGUACUUAUCACAGGAGCUACAGGUUUCAUGGGCAAAGUGCUGGUGGAAAAGCUUCUGCGCUCCAGCCCUGAAGUGAAAGCAGUUUAUAUUCUUGUAAGGCCAAAGGCUGGACAAUCAAUGCAAGAGAGAGUGGCCAACAUGUUGAAAUGCAAGGUCUUUGACAGGGUUCGAGAAGAUUGCCCUAAUUUCCAUGAGAAGAUUAAGCCUAUUAAUGCUGAACUCACUCAGCCCAAGCUGGCCAUCAGUGCUGAAGAUGAGGAGGAGCUUCUGACUCAAGUCAAUAUCGUCUUCCACUGUGCAGCAACAGUACGCUUUGAUGAACCCUUGAAACAUGCCCUGCAACUGAAUGCCAUGGGCACUCAGAGACUUCUAGAGAUGGCCCGGCAGAUGCAGAAGCUGGAGGCUUUCAUCCACAUCUCCACCGCCUAUGCAAACUGUGUCCGGAAAUGCAUAGAUGAAAUCAUCUACCCACCCCCAGCUGAACCCAAGAAGCUCUUCGAUUUAGUGGAGUGGUUGGAUGAAUCUAUCAUUCAAGACAUCACACCCAAGCUGCUUGGGGACUGGCCCAACACUUACACCUACACCAAAGCCUUAUCAGAAUAUCUGAUUCAGCAAGAGAAAGGAAAUCUGAACAUUGCUAUCAUCAGGCCAUCCAUUGUGGGAGCUAGCUGGCAUGAGCCUUUCCCAGGUUGGAUUGACAGCUUCAAUGGGACAAGUGGAAUAUUUGUUGCGGCAGGUAAAGGGAUUCUGCGGACUGUCAUUGCCAACAAUGAAGCAGUAGCCGAUAUGAUUCCAGUAGAUGUUGUCAUCAACCUCACCCUUGCAGCUGGGUGGUACACUGCUGUGCACAGGCCAAAAAAUAUGUUGGUGUACAACUGUACAACAGGUGGAAUCAACCCUUUCUUUUGGGGAGAAAUGGAACAGUAUGUCAUGUCCACAUUCAAAAGAAACCCACUGGAGCAGGCCUUCCGAACACCCAAUGCUCACUUGACAUCAAACUACUUGAUAAACCAGUACUGGAUAACUGUCAGUCACAAGGCUCCAGCCAUACUCUAUGACCUGUACAUGAGACUGACAGGAAGAAAGCCCAGAAUGAUGAAGAUUAUCAAUCGACUGCAUAAAUCUAUGAUGCUCCUGCAGUAUUUCUCCACCCAGUCCUGGGAUUGGACUUCAGAUAAUAUGAAUAUGUUAAUGGGUCAACUUAACACAGAGGACAGAAAGUUAUACAACUUUGAUGUUCGUCAGCUGCACUGGUCAGAAUACAUUGAAAGCUACUGCCUAGGUGCUAAGAAGUAUUUGCUAAAUGAGGACAUGUCUGGCAUCCCAGCAGCAAAGCAGCACUUACGAAAACUGAGGAAUAUCCGAUAUGCAUUUAACACCACCCUCCUUGUGAUCAUCUGGCGCAUUUUCAUUGCACGGUCACAGAUGGCUCGAAACAUCUGGUACUUUGUGGUGAGCCUCUGCUACAAGUUCCUUUCCUACUUCAGGGCAUCCAGCACCCUCAGGCACUGAACCCAUCCAUCAGCAACCAGCCUCUUCCAGAAGGACCUUCAUCCCUUCUAAUCAGCAACUAUGGGCAUCGGGGUCUGAAAGUAGCAGAAAAAUCCACUCCCUCCAAUUGCAGCCUGCAUUUAUGCACAGUUAUGUGUUCACGUUUUUAAUUUCAACUAAUGCUUUAAUACAUGGUGGUCUUUCUUCCAUAGGACUUGACCAAUUUUUAAAGCCAUAAAGCUUUAGGAACAGAUCAAGCUGGAACCUUUCAUCCAGAGUCCAGUGUGCAAGAGUAAGGAUUAACCAAAGUCACAGACCUCCCAUGUACUAUUUAGGCUAUCUUAAUUUAAUCUUCCUUCUUAAAGGAAGCAAAUUUAAAGCAUAGAACCUUGGAAGAAAGGGAUGCCAUCAGAGAAGAACCAGUCAAGGAAAUUAACCUGUGAGAGGUCUUCAUAAAGAGGCUAUUUAUUUCUUCAUUCUCAUUCAGUGAAAUUGUAUUUUAUUGAAAAUCAUGAUUUUACAUUUUCAAUUUUUCAAAACAUAGAGGGGGGGAAAAAUCAUUUACACUAGGCCAGUGAACACAAUGAACAGCUUUCAGAUCUUGACCUAUAUUGCUACUGAGGACUGAUACUUUCAAACCAUAACUGAAGACACACAUAGAAUUCACAUAUCUGUGUUAACUGUUCUCACUCACAAACUGUUUUAUUAUGGAAAGGCAUUGUUUUUCUCUCUUUGGUUAAGGCUGCAGUUCAUCUUAUACCAAACAUCCCUGUUCUUGCAUUUAUCACUUUUGCUUGGAACAUUUCUUUGUCUUGUAAAAUGCUCUAUUUACUCAAAGGAUGAAGAGAAGACUUCCUAAAAGAUUGAAGAAAAAAAUCAUAAACUUCUUACUGUUUUUGAGUAAGUCCUUUUCGCCCUUCCAUUUGUCUGCUUGUAGUUCAAAAACAGCCUGAUACUGUCCUUCAAGAUUUCAUUACAGCAAAAUCACUUUGCAGUUGAGCACUUGCACUGGCAAAAAAAAAAAAAAAAGUAUACAGGUGUGUAUUGAGGGAAUCCUAUCAGGCAAAUUCUGCUACCACUCGUCAUGAGGAAUUAGAGUCUAAAAAUUGUGGGGUUUUUUUGAAGUUAAGAGAGGUUUUAUUGACUUUUGAAUAAAAACAGUUAUUCAAUAUGAAGGUAAUGUUUUGUCCUACUUUACAUUUUAGAAAGGAAUCCAGGGAUCUUCCUAAAGCUCAAGGCUAUUGGAGAUAUUUGUUUUACCUAGUAAAAUAUGGAUUCCUCUGGAGGAGGAGGGAGAAAGAAAAAGAACUUUCCUCAGAGUAGCUGGUGCAAUGACACUUAAUGCAACAAAAUUUUUCAUGCUAUCAGAUUUUCGAAGUAAAAUGUAAUACUGGAAUAUAUUUUAUUCAGAUUAAGUACUGAAUAAGCACUUUAAGAUUAUGAGACUUUAAAACAGCUAGUUUUUGAAACAAUUGCAUCAUCCAUUUUUUCUAGUCUUGUGUCAUAGUAGCUGUCUGAACAACUAAUGCUAUAUCACAAAA